AUGGCUUUAAGAACCACAAGCUCUUUAGCCCUUUUCUUGAUUGUCAACAUCCUAUUCUUCACAGCAAUCUCCGCCACCGGUAGCUGCGGUUGCCCCUCUCCCAAGCCAAAACCUAGCCCUUCUCCCAAGCCAAAACCUAGCCCCUCUCCUAAGCCAAAACCUAGCCCUAGCCCUAGUCCGGCCACAGCCAAGUGCCCUAGAGACGCUCUUAAGCUAGGAGUCUGCGCCAACGUGCUCAAUGGCCUACUCAACAUCACCCUUGGCAAGCCACCCGUCGAGCCAUGUUGCACCCUCAUCAAAGGACUCGCUGAUCUUGAGGCCGCAGCUUGUCUUUGCACUGCUCUCAAGGCCAACAUCCUCGGAAUCAAUCUGAACAUUCCGGUCUCUCUCAGUCUGCUUCUCAAUGUUUGUAGCAAAAAAGUUCCCCCAGGGUUCCAAUGCUAA